UCUGUCUCGUAAUACCCCACUUUGUACCUCAGGAGGCGAUAGUGAGUCACUGCAGCGUCCAGUCUGCCCUCAGUCCAACACAAGACGAAGAAGAAGUAACACUUCCUCUUUUAGGUUAGAUUUAUUCAAGCAAACGUUAGCUCAGCGUUAGCGCUGAAUUUACAUUGCUAUCAUACUUUGUCAAAGUCCUAGUUGUGUAGUUUGCUAGCUUACAGAGCAGUGAUAAUGCACUACUGAUUCGGCGCCUACGUAUCGUAGCGUAACGUAACCAUGGAUGUAUGAACGUAACGGACCCCCCUGGUUUCGGGUGAUAUGCUGCCCCCAAUAGGUGUCUACGUAGUUCCGGCAAAAUUUCCGCCAUCUAUAUAACUUCCGCUAUCCAUCCUGCUGCUGUGAUUUUUGGAAAGCGAUGACGAUGUAUCGGAAAAAGUUUCAGUUCCAGCGAACCGAUAGCACUACAGCUGAACAUUGCUGCGUGCCUUUGUGUCAAGCCUCCAGUAAGUACAACAAAGUACUUAGUUUUCAUACAUUUCCCUCCGAUGUGGACAUCAGGCAAAGAUGGUUUAUCGCUAUCCGGAGGGGGAACUGUACAGUUGGUCCCCACACCCGAGUAUGCAGCCGACAUUUUAAAAAAGAGGAUUUUCGUGAGCUAGUGUCCAAGAUAGGGCGGCGACUUUUAAAGAAGGGAGCCGUUCCAUCGUUGUUUGAGUGGAACAAUUACUCCGUCCUUUCAAGACCGUUGGGUUGGGAGAGGAGCGAGCGACCGGCAGUGCAAGAUACAUCGGGCAAGAAGGUUGAUAAAAUCCCCCCGGACCACGACUACGCUGCGGCUCCGGAUCCCGCAGUCGUCGACUUAGCUCUGGAUGAAAACACAUCUCUCAGAGAGGAGAUCCUCCAGCUGAGGAAACAAAUUGAGAGGCUUACUACGAAGCAGCGGUUUGGCAUUCACCGUUUUGCUGGCUCAGACAGAGACAUUAAGUUUUUCACGAGGUUUGCAUCCUAUGACCUCCUCAUGCGCUUCUGGGCCUUAAUAGAGCCAUGUCUGCCAUCUAUGGUCAGAGUGACACAAGAACAGAGAGGCACCCUCACAGAGCCAAGUUCAACUGCAACUCAUUCCCUGCAGCCCAUAGAUGAGAUGUUCAUGUUUCUGAACUAUCUUGCACUGGGUUCAAAACAGUGUGACCUUGCUGACCAGUAUGGAGUCCACCAGUCCACAGUCAGUCAGAUAAUUACAACGUGGAGCACCUUUCUUUAUACUGUGCUAGGGUCAGUGAAGAUCUGGAUACCAAGGGAGAAAAUAAGGGAGCAUUUGCCAGCAGAGUUCAAGAACCAUGCAGAUACUACAGUCAUCCUAGACUUCAUAGAGCUGAAGUGCCAGUACCCGUCAUCACCUCUUCUCCAAAGUGAAGAUUUCUCUUCAUACAAGUCCCCCUGUAAUCUCAAAGGGCUGCUUGGAGUUGCUCCUCAUGGGGCGGUCACAUUCAUCUCUCCACUGUAUGCCGGAUCUAUUGGUGACAAACAGAUCAUGCAAGAGUCUGGGAUUCUCUCCCUUUUGAGACCUGGGAUGGCCAUCAUGGUCGACCGAGGUUUUCUUGUUGAUGACUUUGUGCCGUGCAAAAUCUAUAGGCCGCCAUUUUUCUCUGGUAGAUCUCGGAUGUCUGCCUCCAAGGCAAGGGAGACCCAGGCCAAUGCACGCCUGAGGGUGUAUAUGGACCACCUGAUAUGCCGAGUGAAGGAACACAAGUUCUUUAACACUGAAAUUCCACACAGGCUUUUUGGCAACAUUAAUCAGCUGUAUGCCGUCGCAUGUCUCCUGACAAACUAUGAAAACGGGCCUCUUGUAAAGGUUUAGACUAAGAAGCCAGAGUAGCAUUUGUGUAUUGCAUUUACAUUUAGUCAACUGGUGAAUGCUUUUAUUUUAUCCAAAGUGACAGCCUCUCCUGGGCUUUUUUUUUUUUUUAAGAUGGACAAAAUGUAAAUCUUGUAAAUAGCAAUUAUCUGCAUAUACUUUCAUGAAACCUGUUUUAUAUUAUUCAGUUGAUUGAAUACUGGUUUAUUGAAAUACAUUCACUGUGUUCAAUUUAACCAGUACACAGAUAUUUUUAGUCACCUACCUGUCAGUUCUGCUCAUCUACUUUUCUAUAACAAUUACCAUAGUUUACACAAGACACCAAAUCACUCCAAUGUUUCAUUUAACAGAGAAGCUAUGAUCACGUGUUUGCAUACACAUUUCAGUGUAACUGGCACACAAGAAAGGAAUGCUACAACAAGUGCUUUAUGAUCAGACUAUUUCAUAAAAGUUUUAAGUGAUAUAACACCGCAAGUCCAGAUUCCAUUUACCUCAAACCAAAAUAAAUUUGUAACAUUUGACACAAGUGCAUGCACCACUGGUAGGAGAUCAAUCUCUGAUUUCACUUUGGAUGGUAUAGCACCAUUCUUAGAUAUUAGUAGCUGUAUGUGUAUAUGAACACAAGAGAAUUGAGAGAGGAAAGAUCACAUUUGGCUCUCCAGCUAGUGCAAUAUCUCACUCUGUCAGUGUCUUGGGAUGAAAUUGAUCAUUUUUGUCUUGAACAACAUUUUGCCAGUAACAAUACAGCUACACAUCAAUUACAGCUUAAAAGUUAAACAUUUUCCAAGUGUACAGAAAGCAGCACAAGAUUUUUUUUCUCUCACAGAUAUUGACCAACAGUGACCAUCAAUGCACUGGCAAGUUUUCUUUUAGGACAGCAUUGUAUCUGGAAAGCAAGGUGAUGGGCAGACAGGUCAUAUCAAUACAUGGACAGAGCUCAGUAAGGUAAUGUUAGCGUGACAGGCGUCACUCAGUCCUAUCAAUGUAAUUAUCUAGGGAAGCAUAGAGAGAACAAUAAAAAUAAGAUUGUCAAUUUU